AUGGCCUGUCCUCGUGGAAGGACAGGUGGGCGUGAUGACUGCAAGGAAAAGCCACAUCUUCAUUAUCAACCUACCAUGGUGGACGAAGAUUGGGGCGAUCAACCGGGAGAUACGAAGUCCCGGGUCCUGAUCGUGACCGAAGAGAAAGUUCCUGGCCUUGCUAAUGGCAGGCAGGAACAAUAUACGACGACUAUUGGCAAGAAAGAGGACAUGAUUAAACCUAACGAUAGGAAAGUACGAGACGAUGUAUACAAAGUAAUUGUAGGAGAAGGCACAGAAAAAAUAGAGAGAGUAAAAAUAACGGAUGAUAUUAAACUUAAUAAAACGAACAAAGUCUUUGAUUUCAAAUCCGCGUUUCGACCGACUAGGACACUGUCUAGAAGCCCGACCAGAAAGAGCGGCGAGAUUACAGCCGAUGUAGAUUUAACCGGGGACGAAGACGAAAAUGUGUUCUCAGAUACAAGUUCGGCCAUGGGAAACAUGCCGAAAACCGAUGCUAGCAAUAAGCAAAAAGAGAGCGAAACGGAAAAAGAAAGCAAGAAUGUAGGGGGCCUGAAUGCUGCAUUGAUGGCGAUAGACCAAAUACUUGGGAUGGUUAAAAGCUCAAACGAUUUAGUAAAUAACUACCUACUUAAAAUCGCUGAGGGUAGUCCAAUGGUCGCCCAAAUAAGUUCUGAUAUGGGGGUAAACCUUAUUAAAACCAGGGAUUUGAUCAAAGAGGCGAUAAUAUCAUACAAAGAGGAAAAAUCAAAACAGGAGGAAUACACGAAGAGAGAAGAAAAAAGAACAAUACAGAUACUAGAAAGUCUAGAUAAGAUAGGAAAAAGACAAAAUAUCCUUGAUACAAGAAACGAGAUCACGGAGAAUUUAAACAAGAGGAAGAACGUGACGCCUCCUGAAAUGGAAGCGACGAUAAAAAGGACACGUACUACAAAUAAAGAAACGAGGAGUAAACCCAUGAUUAGAAGCAUACAAAUCAUCAAAAACAGUGAGGGUGCCUCCUCGGAUUCAGAUUGGGAAACGGUGGGAACCAAAAGAAGGAAACAGCCAAAUGAGAAAAUAAAAAACCUAAACACAGGAAAUAACACAACACCGUAUAAUGAUACAAAUAGAAAACGUAGUAUAACUACAGCCGUCAAGAGAAAUGAGGCUAUAGCUAUUAGCGUGAACAAAGAGAUGACAUAUGCACAAGCUACAAAGGAAUUAAAAGAAAAAAUGGGUAACAAUGUAGAAGGAGUUAAAAGAAUAAGGCACACGAGAACCGGGGAUAUCUUAAUAGAAUUUGAUAGAGAGACUGAUAGCACCGAUUUUCACAAUAAAGUAAAGUCUGUUAUGGGCGAAGAUGCCAAAGUAAGAAGACUGGUGCCUAAGGUCACUAUCGAGGUACUGGAUAUUGAUCCGGGAGCAGAUAAGGAUGAGAUUGUAGAAUGUAUUUCGAUAAGUACAGGAGUUGAAAAGGAUAGCAUUAAAUGCAAAAAUAUAAGGAGUUCGUUUGCAGGAACACAAACUGCGAUUAUAGAGGGUCCAGGUGGCAUAGGAAAAUUACUUAUCGAAAAUAGAAUUAAGAUCGGGUGGGUUUAUUGUAGAGUUAGACUACUGCCGAGCAUUAUCAGAUGCUUCAAAUGCCAUAAUUUCGGGCAUUUAGCAACAAGAUGUGCGGCAGUUGAAGGAGAGGCUGUUGUAUGCAGGAGAUGUGGCGAAAACUCGCACGCUAUGUCGGAAUGCAAGGCCGAGAAGGCGAGUUGCAGAUUAUGUGCGCAGAAGGGAAUUGUAGGUAGCGAAUUAAACCAUAUCGCAGGCUCAUUAAGGUGUAGACAAUAUAAGGAAGCAAUAAGCGGAGCAAUUAGGUGUAAACUAGCGCAGGAUUUACUCGAGAAAACGGUAAAUUCCCUAAAUCCGGAUAUAGUGCUAAUUACGGAACAAAAUAGGAACAAAAGUAAUUGGUUUAGCGAUAGUAAAGGAGAUGCUGCGAUAUGGGUGACGAACCAGGGCGCACAGAAAGGUCAAACUAUUAAUAUGGUGAAACAAGGGAUAGGCAUGGUGGCUAUAAAUUUCAACAAUUUUUUAAUUAUUAGUGAAUAUAUUUCGCCUAACAUCGACAGUAAUACGGUAGAUGAUAGGUUGGACGUGAUAACCGAGGCUAUUAAGCUUAAAAAAUGGAAUGGCGUCCUCCUGGCUGGCGACUUCAACGGAAAGUCUCCCGUUUGGGGCAGCAAUAACUGGAACCCUAGAGGGAAAAAAUUAUUAGAAUAUUUACUAAGCGAGAAUCUGUCACCGAUUUAUACAGUGGGGGGAAAUACAUGCACUAGAGAUAGGUUUCUAGAGAAAUUUGGAGACAGGGAAAAUGAUACAUAUGUUAUUGGACAGACAGUAAAUGAUAUUAAGGAAGUGCUGGUAGAAAUACAAAAAAUAGGAAAUAGCUGCAAAAAAAGAAACAUUAUUCGACCUGGUAGGUAUCCAGUUUACUGGUGGACGCCCGAAGUAUCCGACCAAAGAAAAAUAACAAAUAAACUAAGGAGAAAAGUCACAAGAUCUAGGAGAAAACAAAAUAUUCAAGAGAUAGAGAUAGCGUUAAAGGAAUUUAAAAUAGCUAAGAAAGAGUUAAAUAGGAUAAUUAGAAACUCAAAGAGAGAAAGCUUAGAAAAUUUUAUUAAAAAUAUUGAUAACGAUAUGUGGGGCAAACCUUAUAAAAUGAUCAUAAAGCAAAUUAAACCAAGUGCGCCACCAGUUAAGUUGGAUCUCGACCAGAUUAAAAAGGUAAUUCAAGGGCUGUUCAUGUUAAAACCCCCAAACCAGGGGAUGGUAGCGGCAAUGUUACCUGGAAACGAAAUCGGGGAUAACUUACAAAAUAACGUGAGCAUAAUAGACGAUGAAAAUGAAGAUGAAAUUACGGUAGAUGAGGUAGUCGCGGCGUGCAAGAAAAUAGCUGUCAAAAAAGCUCCGGGCCCGGACGGGAUCCCGGCAGCGGUUGCAAAAAAGAUAGGUUUGGGUGCGAUUACCUUUUGGAAAGAGCUGCUCAACGCGUGUCUGAGGCUGGGUUACUGGCCCGUUGAGUGGAAGACGACCAGGCUCGUCUUACUCCCGAAGGGUAAACCUGCAAAUAAAGGAAAUGAUAAGAUAAACGAGAUAAAUCCAUCGGACUUUAGACCGCUAUGUAUCGCGUCUAAUAUAGCAAAGAUUUUCGAACAAAUAAUAAAAGUUAGACUUUUGGAAGCAAUUAAAAAGGAUGAUUUUUCGCCACACCAGUUUGGGUUCAGGAAAGGACUGAGUACAAUCCAUGCUAUGGACAGGGUGGUUAAAUUAUGGGAUCAAGCCAAGAAAGAGGGCAGGCACUGUUUAUUGAUUCUGCUUGAUGUCAAAAACGCGUUUAAUUCCCUACGAUGGGAUAGUGUAAUCGAGGAGAUGAAACGGAGGAAAUUCCCACGGAAAAUAAUUAAAUUGAUAAGAUCUUACCUACAUGAUCGGUGGAUUGUGAUAGGUACUGACGACAUGAAAGAGAAAAUACAAGUCCACGGAGGAGUUCCACAGGGAUCUAUAAUAGGUCCAUUCAUGUGGAAUUUAGUCUAUGACGGUCUGUUAAAAAUCAAGCUCCGAAGAGACGUUUUCCUGGUCGCAUUUGCAGACGAUAUAGGCAUUAUUAUCAUUGACGAUGACCUAGAAAGGAUGGAAUAUACUGCCAAUGCUACUAUUAAGGAUAUGGUCCAAUGGUAUGAGAGUGAAGGUUUGGAUCUUGCACCUCAAAAAUCCGAGACAUUACUACUAACGGGUAGAAAACACCCACAAGGGAUCCCGGUUUACAUUGGUGAAAAUCAGAUCCCGGUGCGCAGAAAAGCGAGAUACUUAGGUGUAAUCUUUGAAUACAACCAAGUAUUCAAAGAACAUCUGAAAACAGCCACCGAUAAAGCUAGUAAAUAUGCCAUGCACUUAAGUCUUCUUAUGCCAAAUAUUAAAGGUGCAGGAACUAAGGCUAGGAAACUGUACUACAGUGUAGUUAAUUCAGUUAUUAUGUACGGGGCUCCAAUUUGGGCUAGAGCUUUGUCUUACAAAAUGAACAUAAAAACGUUGAGAGAUGCUCAAAGACAGCCACUAAGCAGAAUUUGUAGAGCUUACAGAACAGUGUCAACGGAAGUCCUAUGCAUUAUAACUGGAAAAAUACCAUGGGAUUAUACAGCUAAAGAAGCGGAAGAGAUCUAUAGAAAAAUCCAAGAAUUAAAAGAAAGAAGAAAAAAGAAAGAAGGAAGUAAUACACAAAAUAAUGAGGAAACGUCAGAGAGAGAAGAAAAAGGAAAAAUUAAAGAAAACGUACAUAAAGAAACUAUGAGGAUAUGGCAACAAGAGUGGACAAGUCAUACCAAGGGAAGAUGGACCAACAUGGUUAUCCCAGAUAUAGAAAAAUGGUAUUGUGAUGGACCACCUCCUCUGGAUUUCUACACAGUGCAAGCGUUGACCGGUCACGGGUGCUUCGGCACUUACUUGCACAAGAUUGGUAAAGAGAACUCGGCCAGUUGCUGGUUUUGCGACAACCCAAACGACGAUGUAAAGCACACCAUCUUUCAGUGUCCGAGGUGGAACGUCGAGAGAAAUACACUCAUACGGGAUAUAUAUCCUGAAGUGUGGGACGUCAGCAAUAUGGCUAACCUAUUGAAAAAAAAGGAUACUAAUUACUAUGUGAGGCAGUUUUGCAUAAAUGUAAUAAGGGAAAAAGAAAAAUGGGAGAAAAUGUAUAGAGAACAGAUUAGACGCGAUAUUAAAAGAAAAAUGAGAGCAGAAGCAAUAGAUGAAGUAGAAAUUAUACAAGCAUAA